AUGGCUGUAACGAAUGACGACGAAUCCAUUGUUGCACAUGGUUUUGUUGAUGGUCAACUUGUGACUGGUGGCCACAACAGGGCAGCACAAGAGAACUUGGCAAUCAUCCGUUCAUCCACAGAUUCCGAUCAUAACUUGCAUGAGAUAUUGCCGUCACCUUUGCUGGCAAGCACGCCCCAGUUCACAGCUCCCGUCCAUUCACGAGGCUUGACUGUUUCCCAAACAAUGGGUACAAGUUCACAUAUUGAAGAUAUUGAACACGCACCCCCAGACGAAGACGAUCCAGAGUUCGUUCAAGGAGUGCAGCACCCUGAGCCCACUCUUCAGGCUGAGGAGUUCCAGGCACGAUGGGCUUUAAUCGAGAACCAGAUCAACGCAGAUGAUACUGCAAUUGCGCAGAUGCUCACAUGCAUGCCCCAGUUUGAUAUGUUCCCUGUUUGCGAUGAUUACCUUCGAUAUGUAAGAGUGGCGUGGAUGUGCGGCCCUGAUACCAUGGCAUUGGCAAUGGCACAACUCAGACACAAACUCGGGUGCCAUGAAGGAUAUCUCCGGGAAGUUAACGAAGCUAUCGCAUUGGAUCCACACAUUUCACCCAGCGAUGCUCGUUAUAAUUUGCGUGUUUAUAACAUCAACGAACGGGCAAGAGUGCUCAGAGCACUUGAUGAACAUGAUAUGCUCCUGGAAUAUGCAGAGGCAAUUGAAAUGGACAAUGCAAGUGACCCAGAAGGCAUUGUCAUUGAUCCAGAGCAUCAUAACCCCACCUACAUUCAAGCGCAACUCGAAACAAUGAUCGCAGAUGGUUCCCAUGAUAAUCUGUCAACCGAUGGUACCAAUGAGGUUGUGCGUGUUAACACCAAUCGUGGAAUCGAUAUUAUUGACCCGGACACUGGCCACCCCAUCGUAUUCCAGAGGCAAUCAUUGGCAGCAACAAACAGCAGCUGCAGCAAUGGAACAGGGCGCACAAACGGGAACAAUUCCGACUUUGAUAAUAUGCAGGUCGAUGGAAACUCAGACUUGCUCAUUCGUGAUCAGGAAAAUGACAACAAAAGCAAAAGAACCUCACUCUGCAAUGAAAUCCAGGUUGAUAGAAGGUCGGACUUGUGGGUUCGUGAUGUGAACGCGAGCGGCAAUGUGCCUACGGGAAGCAAUGACCCGCCGUUUGACGCUGAUAGCCGAAUGGGCAUUCACUUUUCUCCCGAAAUGAGUUCUGAGGGGGAAACCGAUGGAAUCAUAUCAUCGAUCCCUUAUGAGACAUGGACAGAACGUCGUCCAAGAAACGGAAAUCGUAUCAGCGGAACUGUGCCUCGGAACUUCGGCCGAAACAACGCCUUCAAUUAUCGAUCACCAUUGCGGUCCAUUACUGAAGUCAACCACGAGGAGCAUGCCAUCGAAUUGGCUAGCACCGCUGCAGAUAAUGGGAGUCCAACACCAAGCCUCAUGUUUAGCCCUAAUGCAGAUGAAGUGAGCCGUCCAACUGAAGACGAGGCUCCUCAGAAUGGGCUUCGGUUUCUUCAGAAUAAGCCUCGCGGCGCAUCAGUUUCGGCUGGUUCAGACGACGAGCAACUGAUGACAAGAGAUUCUAGCCCCGCGCCUGGAUUGACUGAAGAGAUGCUCUCAGGACUUUCAUUUGAUCAACAGCGCAGAAGUACUGACGUAUUGGAGAACUCCUUCGAUAUGUUUGUGGUAGAUGUGCACGGUGAUUGGGAAGCGGAAGGAUCCGGUGAACGGAGAGGACGGUCUCUCGCCGAACAGUUAGAGAGCGGCAUGAGCGACAGCCGCAGUGGAAGCAUCACCCUGACAAUGAACGGCUUCGGAGGGGAUUACCCAGAUGACAUGUCGGAUACACCCCUAUUGUCUCGGAAUAGCCCAUACGGCAGAUACAGCCCAUUUGACCUGAACAACCCAUUGUCCCGAAAUAGCCCGAGCAGGGUAAUCUCGAGGUCCAGUGUCCGCCGGAGGUACAAUGUCCCUGUGGGUGGUCUCAGUAGCGUUGGGUCUCGUAUGAUUUCAUCGAGUCUGAAUGCCCGCCGAAGACAUGAUGCACGUGAAAAUGUCCGAAAUGCCCGUCGCUCGCUCACAAGUUCAUCGAGAUUGAUUGAAGAUUUGAGGGACGAAGUGCCUGCAACAACAGUUCUCGGUUUCGAUGCGCCAGACAGUCAGCAAAACAUCAAUUACUUGCCUGUGUAUCCGCGGUUGAUUGAUGCCACUCUCAGACAUACCGCACCCCCCAUUGUGAAUACCAGCAGAAUCAACGCUCAUGGUUACCGUUGA